AUGGUCUCAAUCGGUUCUCGAUCUCCGAUUUAUGGGCGUCAUGGUAUGGUAUCGUGUUCACAGCCUUUAGCAUCCGAAAUCGGUCUUCGUAUCUUAAAACAAGGUGGAAAUGCUGUGGAUGCUGCAAUUGCUAUUGCAGCGGCGCUCAGCGUUACAGAGCCAUGUUCUACUGGCAUUGGUGGUGAUUGUUUUCUUCUCUUUUUUGACGCAAAGACAAAUCAGGUUCGAGGGCUAAAUGGAAGUGGUUGUAGUCCUGUCGCCCUUUCGAUAAAUCAAGUGAUAAAAGAUUUAGAAAAAGAUGCGACAGCGAUCCCAAGUGACCACGGCCACGCUGUGACAGUACCUGGGGCCGUUGCAGGUUGGGUGGAUGCUGUAGAAGCAUGGGGAACUUUAAGUAUGAUUGACAUAUUACGCCCAGCAAUUGAAUUAGCUCGUGAAGGGUUUCCUGUGAGUCCAUUAACUGCAGUGAGCUGGGAGCAUGGUAGAGAUCAACUUCUUCGAAGUUCUAAUGCAGCAGAGUUGUUAAAUGAUCGAAGUGAAGCACCAAAAGCUGGUGAAAUUUUUAAAAACGAAAAUCUAGCGAAGUGCUUAGAAGAAAUUGGUCAUGAUGGGAAAAAGGCGUUUUACGAAGAGGGACGAAUUGCUCAAGCUAUCUUGAACGCUGUCAAGGAGAAGAAAGGAUUGAUGGCACUAGAAGAUCUCGCCAGUCACAAGUCACUUAUGGUCACGCCUAUCAGCACGCUGUUUCAUGGUGUCAAUGUGUAUGAAAUUCCACCAAAUGGACAAGGAAUUACUGCAUUAUUAGCACUCAAUAUUUUAACAGAAUUGAUAAGACCUGAAACCUUACCAGCACAGAAAUAUGCUGCGUUUGUGCACUUGCAAAUUGAAGCUCUUCGCCUUGCUUUUGCAGAUGCUAAAUGGUUUGUGAGUGAUGCCGAUCACAAUACGUCACUACCUGUGAAAGAGUUGCUGAGUGAAAGAUAUGCUAAGGAGCGUGCGAAGUUAGUGAACCGGACGAAGGCAGCAAUUGACACGAAAAAUGGCAGUCCAGAAUUGAGUUGUGAUACCGUAAGUUUUCAGGUCAUUGAUGGUCAAGGCAACGCCGUGUCGAUGGUUACCAGCAAUUACGAAGGAUUUGGUACCGGAUUCAUACCCAAAGGCUGUGGCUUCACACUGCAGAAUCGUGCCUGCAACUUUGUACUGCAUGGCCAUAAAGUGGGUCAUCCUAAUGCACUGGGACCGAAGAAACGGCCAUAUCAUACUAUCAUUCCUGGAUUGUCAACAUUUGCCGACUCGGGAGAGCUGCACUCUAGCUUUUCAGUCAUGGGGGGAUUUAUGCAACCCCAGGGUCACGUUCAAGUACUUAGUAAUAUGUUAUUGCAUGGAAUGAACCCACAAGAGGCACUUGAUGCUCCACGAUUUAAUAUUGAUGUGAACCGCCCUUCAAAACAUGGAGAAAAAGAGACUGGCAGCUUUGUCUUGGUCGAAACAGAUCUAGGAGCCGACGUGAUUGCAGCUCUUCAUGAUCAAUUUGGCCAUAACGUCAAAGAGGUGAAAGGAUUGAAACGUUCAAUUUUCGGUCGAGGUCAGAUCAUCGUACGUGAUCCAAACACAGGAGUACUAUGCGCAGGAUCCGAUGGACGGGCUGAUGGCUGUGCCAUGGGUUCCAACGGUAAACGAUCCGUGUCUAAACAUGAAUAA